CGAGCUCUCAAGAUGGCGGCUACCGAGAGAGACCUUGAAGCUGAGGCAAGACCGACGACUUCCGGUUCCGCUCUCUCCUCGUGGCGCAUUUCCGCCCCCCCUCCUGGGCCAGGCCCCCGCGCGCGACGCCGUUGUCAUGGCAGCAGUCAAGGAUCCUGGCUGCAGGUUUCAGAGGUUACCUGGAAAAGCUCGCGCAUCGCGGCCAGUUCCUUGAGCCCGCAAGACGCUGAACCCGGGGCGGCGACUCCAGAGGCAGGAGUUGUGGGAAUGGCACACCUGCUGGGCAGCCAAGCCUGCAUGGACAGCCUGCGCAAGGACCUCACCGACCUGCAAGGCGCCAUCGUGGAUGUGUUCUCUCGAGCUGGGCCUGUGCGCUUUCCCUCCUGGAAGUUCCCUGACCAGGUAGCCUGUGACCUCGACAUGGUGGCCCUGCUGGAGCACUAUGACCAUGUGCCUGGUGACCCUGAGUUCACACAGCUGUCCCACGCUGUGCUGCUGGAGCUGGUCAUUGACAGACUCCUACUGCUGCUUCAGAGCUGUGCCAGCUACCUGCAGAACCUUGGCUCAGAGCAAAUGACGCCCCCUUCCCAGACUGCAGGGCCCUGCAUGUCUGUGGGGCUCACGGCGCGGCGCUUCUGGAACAGCCUGCUGAGGCUAGGCAUGCUCUGUCAGCAGACAGCCCCCCAGAAAAGGGCAAGCCAAGGGGAGACCCCCCACUCCAAGCCCACAGCCAAGGGCAAGUCAGCCAGAAGCCCUGAAUGUGUCACUGCCAAGUUUAUGAAGCCUCCUUCUCCAACAUCGUCAGGCUCAUCACACCAGACCUGCCAAGGGCCGCAGAACAGCCCCGUCUCCCCGAGGUGCCCAGCUAGGACCUCCGAGAACACCAAGAGCAUCCACUCCCAGACCAUCGAAACAGCCCUGGUGCCCUGUGAUGCAUGCACCCGUGUCCAAGGCAGCCUGUGGGAAGUGGGCAAGGUGGUCAUCAGCCUUUGUCAGAGCCAGAACUUGCCUUCCUCUUUGGGCCAGUUCCAGCAGCUGGUGCAGGACAGCAUGGGGAUCAGGCCUCUACCGGCUGCCACCAUGGGCCACUGGGCAGAAGAACAGAGCAAAGACCUGACGUGCCUCAGUGAGCACAUGGGGGCCCUCGCUCAGCUCGUCGGGCCUCUCAGGGCCCAGCUGGAGGACAGCGAGGGGCAGAAGGAUGGCCUGAGGAAGCAGGUGGCCAAGCUGGAGCAGGACUUGAAGCAGGAACAGGGCGAGCGGCAGCGGCAGGAGGAAGAGUCUGAGCAGCGCCUGACCCAGUGGGCGUGUGACAGGCAGCAACUGCUCGCAGAAAUACGUGACCUAAAGACACAGGUGGCCAGCCUCGAGGGACAGCUGAAGAAACAGCAGGACUCCAUGCUGGCCAUAGAGGCAAAGGCCCAGCGGCUGCAGGAGGAAGUUGAGCGCAAAUUGGCGGCCGAGAGGCAGGUGCAGCAGCUGGAGGAGCAAGUGCAGCUGCUGGCCGGGCGGCUGGAUGGAGCUGGCCAGCAGAUUCGCUGGGCCAGCACAGAACUGGACAAGGAGAAGGCCCGUGUGGACAGCAUGGUCCGCCACCAGGAGUCCCUGCAGGCCAAACAGCGGGCCCUGCUACAGCAGCUAGACAGCCUGGACCAGGAACGUGGAGAGCUGCGCAGUGGUCUGGAUGAGGCCGAGGCCCAGCGGGCCCAGAUGGAGGAGCAGCUGCAGAGCCUGCAGAGUGAGAAGGAGCAGGGACAGUGCCAGCUGCGGGCCCAGCAGGAGCUGCUGCAGGGUCUGCAGUGGGAGAAGCAGGGCCUGGAACAGGUGACAGCAGACCUGCGGCUGACUGUAUCGGACCUGCAACGGGAGAUGGCGGAGCUGAGGGAGCAGGAGCGGCUGCUGGUGGCCUUCCCUGACCUACACAGGCCCAUGGAGGCCCAGAUCCAAAGCUCUGGCGAUGUCACAGAGGACAUGGAGAGGCAGAUACAGGCCAAUGACAUCCGCAUCCAGGUCCUGCAGGAGGAGAAUGGGCGGCUGCAGUCAAUGCUGUCCAAGAUCCAUGAGGUGGCCCAGCAAGGGGGCCUCAAGCUGAUUCCACAGGACCAAUUGUGGUCCCCUCCUGGCAAAGGCAUCCAGAGAGCAGAACCCCUGGCCCAGAGGGCAUCCCCAAGGCCCCUGAGCAGGCGGUACCUUCCUGGCAGCAGGAUGGGCAGCGCAGACAGGACCCCACCGAGCCAUCCCCAAAGAUCCCCACCUCGGCAACCCAGCAGCUGGCCCAGCAAGUCUUCCCUCGAGGAUGUGACCCACUCUGCCAUCUGCGCUCAGAACCCCAUCCGGGCCUUGGUCAAGCUGAGGAGGAGACUCUCACCCAACCAGGGCCGGGCAAGGUCUGCACAACAGCCCCAGGAGCGGCCCACAUAACUUACAGCAGGGAUGGGGCUGCAGGGCCAGUGUCUGGCAACUCCCCGGUGGAAUAAAGCCCCAGCCAUCUGCCCACAGCAUUCUUGGCCUCACAGCAUGGCUGAACUGGAGGGACAGUCCUUCCCUUUGCAGGGAAGGAGAGACCUGACUAACAGAGACCUGGCACUGUGGGCCCUCUGUAAGGGAGAGCUUGCUGCCUCUCCGGAUAGGCUGUGGGAGAGGAGAGCACAUCGAGGGCAGAAAGAAGCGUCUAGCACCUGGGCCAGGUGAAAAGCAGUCCUUCCACUGCCACAGCAAGGGUCCAGGAGCAAACCUGGACCCAGCGGCUGGCACCUGUGUCAGGGUGAUGGUAUACAGGGGAGAGCCAGUGAGCACACUGAAACAAGCAAGGACUCCAAGGCCAUGGUCUUGUUUCUGGACUCACUGAAACAGGCAGAGGACAGUGAUGCCUUCAGCAUCCCACCCUGGCUUUAAAAUUGGGCCUGACAACAUUAAGGACUCAAGAACACUGGGCAUCUUUUCACUGAGGAACUCCUUGCCUUUAGGAACUCAUGAGAGUGACAGAAGAGUUGUGUAUAUCCUGAAGGUCGGCCCCAGAGGCCACCAAAGGCAGUGCCGGCCUCUGGACACUUUGGCCAGUGCUGAUUUUACUAGACCUAGAUCUUGGGGCCUGUUCAACCUAGGAUGCCACGUGGCUGGGCACUGAUGUCACUAAACAUCACAAGCACACAGUGGUCACUGUCCUCAAGAAGCCUCCUUGUCUGUGCUGGAUAGGCCAAGAGACCUUGCUGAGGACUUCCCGCACGCGCCCCAGUACCAGGGAUGGAACCCGUGGCCUCAGCCAUGCUAAGCACUCUCUACCACUGAGCUACACCCGAGUCCCCUUGCUAAAGACUUCUCAGGCUGUGCUCUGAGCCUUCUAUGGCAUUUUUCCUGGGGAGGAUGGUGAGACCAUCAGGUAGAGCACUGAAGUUUACAGAGAGGAAUCAAGAGGGGGCCACAUGUUGCAGGGCCAGCACUAUUAGGCCUGCCUAACUCGCUUCUGAGAAGUCCCGGGGUUCUUGAAGAGGCUAGAAUGUCCUGGGCCACCCCUAAGGGGACAGCCAGCCAUCAGGGGUGUCUCCCUGAGCAGACAGUCUGGCCCUGGUCCAGGGGGAAGCCCUCACAGCUGAACAGGUCUCUCAGGCUUCUCCCAAUGUGGCAUCCAUGUAUCAGCUCAUGGUUCUGCAGGUCAGAAGUCCCGGCCCUGUAGGGCUGGGUUCUCUGCUUAGGGUCUUAGGAGGCUGAAAUCAAGGUAAUAACCAGGGCACGUUUCUUUCUGUCGGCUGGUUGCUGGCAGAAUUCAAUCCUUACGGUUGUAGGACUGAGGUCCCCAUUUCCACCUUCCUUACCUCAUGGCCCCUUAUCUUCAAGUAAGCAGCAAAGAAUGUUGCUGCAUUGAAUCCCCUUCACACCUCAAGUCUCUUGAUGACUUCUACCAGCCACAGGAAACUGCUUUUAAUGGGCUUAUGUGUAGGUCAGGCCCACUAGGAUGCUUUCCCCAUCUUAAGGUCAGCUGUGCAUAUAACAUAACCUAAUCGUGAGGGUAACACCCCAUAGUCAGCACUCCAUAGAUUAUACAGGGUGUUCACGGUAGGGUGGGGGACCUUGGGGGCCAUCUAAGAACCC